UUCUGAAGUGUCUGGGUGGUGCAUGCAGUAAAGGUGGUUGAUGAAUUGCCUCAGAAGAAACAAGGGGGAUAUGGGGAUUGGGGAGAAGGCCAGUGUCGAAUGUGUUUUCACCUUGAGUUGGCUGCAGGCUAUAGGGGACCAAAUGGAUCUUUCAGUUCAGUUGAGAGAUCAAAUUCAGACCCUCAGGUUGCAGCUCCAGCUCCUGAACAACAUUCUCAUGUGCACUGAGCAUUGCUCUGAGGAUUUGGAGCUGAACUAUUUCCUGGAAGAUGUUGGCGAAGUGGUCUCUGAUAUACAUUCAAGUCUUUUCAAUAUAAGUUAUGGGAAGAUCCAGGAAUUUGACUCCAUUGUUAUGAAUGCUCUUGAAAACAUGAAUGUAAUCAAGACAGACAUUGUACUGAUACAUGUCUUGUUUUCGAAGCUAUCAUGCUCUCGAGGUCAAAUGAGUGACGGGAUUUUGUUGGAAUUCCUUGAGAUGUCAACGGAGAAUCUUAAAGGAUUAAUGAAGUCAAAGGCUGAUCUGCUUGCUCCAUUGAAGCAACAAAUUGAGAUUCUGGAAAAGAAGUUAAGGUUAUUGAGAAAUUUUUUUCACUUUGCUAGAAAUGGGUAUAUUGAACAUGAGAACUUGGGUCAUCUAGCUACUGUUAUUGGAGCUGUGGUUUAUAAGCUGGGAUGCCUGGGUGCCUUGUAUUGGAUUGAUGAAAUGGAUGAUGACAUGGCAAGCAGAUUGAGGCUCAAGCUUUGUCAAUUGCUACAGAAGAUUGAGCUUGUUAUGCCAGAAGUCAAAUUGAUUCUUAUUAAGUUCCAGAAAGCUUCCAUGUUAUUGCAAUCCAACAAGACUACAGUAACCGAUAAGCUUCUCUGGGAUUUUGUUUACUUUAUUAUUGAAAAUCUGAAGGAGUUCAUAAAGGGGAUGGAGGUUUCGGAUGAUCAAGUUGAAUCUCUUUAUGUGGAGUUUGGAUUGCUGAGGACUUCUCUCAUUAAUCAACAGCGCUUGGUGAAGAAGCUACUGUCAGAGUCAUAUAGAGUUUACAUCCGCUCAAACUGUGCAAUAAAAAUGGUAGACCUCUUGACACGUACCGAAGCUGUGUCCAAAGAAGCAGCCACCAUAAUGAACUCUUUUGGCAUACAUGAUACCAGUGAUGAAGACAGGGCCCUAGGAAUAAAUUUUUCAUGCUUUGAUUUGCUCGAAAAGUUUAUUUCUUUCCGUGCAGAGGGCAUGCAAGAUUUGCAAUCUCAUAUUAUGAAGCAGAGAGAGAAUUCUCAACCUCCUAAAUAUGACCCCUUGAACUGCCUGGAAUGUCAAGAGAAACACAAGGGCUUGUCUGCCGAGUUGAAGGAUGCAAUCCAGAGACUGAAGAUGAAGUUUGGAUAUCUACAAUUAAUUCUGAGGCGGUGGAGUGGUGAAGAUUGUGAUUUUGGGAUUAUCACUGAAGUGAUUAAAGCUACGAGUCCAUACUGUCACAAGGCUUGUGUUGCAAUCAAGUAUGGAAAAUUGGACAGUGCUUUGUUAAACUUGACAUCUGUGCUGAGUUAUGUCAAUAAUAAUGAAGAGCUUCGACUAAGGGUAAAGGAGGCUAAAAAUCGUUUUCAAGUUAGUUCAUCCUCUUCUGUUAUGACCAUGCCUGUUCAACUUGCGGGGGAUUUUGUUGAUUUUCUUAUAAAAAAUGUUGUGUAUCUGCUGCACUACAACUUGUAUUUUAUUUCUUCUGCUAAGAAAAAAAUGGAGGUUUUUGAAGCGAAGCUAAGAUUUUUGAGAGGUUUCCUCAACUUCACAUCCAAAUGGUGCAUUGAAAGUGAAAAGUUGAAAAAACUUUUAACUCGCAUUGGAACUAUGGCUGACAAUGCAGCACAUCUCUCUUACUGGUGCUUUGAUGAUGAAGUGAAGGAGCAGAUGGCCGACGAAGUGAAACUUAUAACUUCUUAUCUGUUGGAAAUGAUUUUUCCUAUUGAUGUUGAAGUGAGGGAGAUUUAUCCCCAAGUUUUGAAGGCUUCAGAGUCAUCACUACCCGAAACUCCCACUAGGGCUGAGCUUGUUGUGGCUUUUGUUGAUUCUCUCAUGGCAAAUUUGAUGGAUCUGCACAAUGGUAAGGUUUGUGGGAUGAUUCCUAGAUGGGAAUCAUGGCAAAUUCAGACCCUCUGCCAGGGCCUUGGGUUUCUGAAAGCAAUGAUAAAAGAUCUAUCAGACCAGUGUGUUGAGCACAACACUUUGAAUAAUUUAUUGAUGUAUAUUGAAACUGAAGUAAGCAAGAUAAGGCCUGGCACAAUGAAAAUGAAUGUUGGGGUUCUCAAUUUUCUGGUAGUAAUUAAGCUGAUUAAAACAGAUAUCUAUCUGAAGGACGUAGAGAGCUCUAAGACUAUUUUGACAGUUUCUCUUAAGGAAGAAACUUCAACAAUGAGCAAAGAGCUAAAAUCCCUCAUAACUGACGUAUUAGGUUUGGAGGAUUACUACGCCAAUCUGGACAAGUUGAAUGAUUACCUGAGACAUAUUGAAGCUGUGGGAGACCAACUGCAAUCAGUGAGGUAUCUGUUCUGUAUGCAAAAUGUGAAUGAAGAUACAGACAGAAUGAUGCAUUUUGCUAUGUUCGAAUUUCGGGUCAAGAUCAGGACUAUCAAGGCAGAGGUCAGUUUGGUGAAGCUUCUAGACAAGAUACCUGUUCCAGUGAAGGACAAAAUUGAAACCCUUCAAGAAGAGCUACAAUUCCUAGUAAAUCAUCUAGGUCAGUAUUCUGAGCCUGAGAAAUUGAAUGAUCUGUUGAUAGGCAUUGAUGAUAUAGUCACGCAGACAGGAACUACAAUUGAUUCAUUCAACUUAAAUGAGAGCAACAAAGAGAUUGCUAGCAAAGUGAAUAUUGGGAUUUCUGGUUUGCUGGAAAAGAUAGAGCUACUCAAGAAAAACAGUCAACAGAUCUGUCACAGAUUUCCAGAUUUAAGAAGAACUUAUGUUCCCAGGACUGCGGUGCUAUGCUUUAUUGAUUAUCUCAUAGAAAAACUUAAGCAGUUCCUGGACUGCAAGGGCAAUGUCAUUUCCCAAUUAAAGAAUCAAAUUGAGAGAGUGCAAGGGGAGCUAAUGUCAGUGAGAUACUUAAUAGGAGAAGUGGCACAGGGGAGUUAUGAACAUGAAGAAUUGAAGGAUCUUUUUACACGUUCACUAUAUGUUGCAUAUGAGGUAGAAUAUGUGGUUGGCUUGAGUUCCAGUGGCAUUGGGGACACAUUUUUGUAUCAUAGGUUACGUAAUGCCACAAAUGAGAUUAUACUUGCUAAGACUAAGUUCAAGGAGAUCUAUGAAAAGAAGAAUGGGGUCUCAUCAAACAGUUUCAUAAUAACGGAUAAAAUUCAAGGUGCUUCAAAUGUUAACAGUGGAAUAGUUGAUGAUGUAGUUGUAGGUUUCGAGGAUGUGGUGGAUACCAUUCUGGAGAAACUUGUUCGAGGAUCAUCUCAGCGAGAUGUAAUCUCUAUUGUUGGCAUGACUGGAAUUGGCAAGACAACUGUUGCUAGGAAGAUAUACAAUAUUUGUGUCAAUGAACACUACUUUGAUGUUUGUUCAUGGUGUCGCGUUUCUACGGCAUAUGUAAAGAAAGAGUUGCUGGUUGAUCUCUUGUGUCAGAUUGUUGAGCUCCCUGAUAAAAUUGAUGACAUGCCUGAAGAUGCUUUAUCUGACAAACUGAGAAAAGGUUUAUUGGAGAAGAGGUACUUAAUCAUCAUUGAUGAUAUAUGGAGUACUAAGGAGUGGGAAUACUUGCAGAGACAUUUUCCUGAUGACAAUAGUGGAAGUAGAAUUAUCAUAACUACCCAAAUGAAUGAAGUGGCUCAGAAUGCCAAGAGUUAUAGUAACCGUCUUUCUCUUCGUCCCCUAGACCAUAAAGAGAGCUGGACGUUGCUGCAGGAGAAGCUGCAAUACGAAGAAACCCAUCAACCUGACCUAGUAGAUAUUGGUAAACAAAUUGCAAAGAAAUGUCAUGGUCUACCACUUUCAGUUGUUUUGGUAGCAGGUCUCCUUUCAAGGGUAGAGAAGACACCAGGUUGUUGGAGACAAGUUUCUGAAAGUUUAAGUGUUGUGGGAGGCACACGCACAACAUACCACGCAAUAGAAUUGAGUUACAAGCAUUUACCUGAACAUCUCAAGCGAUGCUUUCUUUAUUUUGGGGUGUUUUCUGAAGAUAAAGAGAUUCCUGUUUCAAAGUUGACAAGGUUGUGGAUAGCUGAAGGAUUUGUACUUGAAAAGGAUACGAAGAGUUCAGAAGAAGUAGCAGAAGAAUACUUGAUGGAUCUUAUUGGACGAAACUUAGUGAUAAAUUCCAAAACCACUUCUAGAGGAAGGGUCAAAGCAUGUCAAGUUCAUGAUGCAGUACGCAAUUUCUGCCUGCUAAAAUCUAAAGAAGAAGACUUUUUGCAACGGGUACCUGAAACUGAUUCUCCUCACAGUUUCCCUCAGAAGCCUGAGCAACACCGCGUUUUUGUCUUUUCUGAGCAAGAGGACUUUGCUAACUGGAGGCCAUCUGAUUUACCAGUUCGCUCUCUGUUGUUCAAAGCAGUUAGUUAUGUGCUUCCUUGUUACUCAUUUGAUAUUUCAUUUGUUUUAAGUCAAUUCAAGCUUCUUCUGGUGCUGGAUCUGUGGUCCCUCAAUAUGGACGGUUCUUUUCCUAGAGAAAUGCAGUUCUUGAUUCAUCUGAGGUACUUAGCAGUUCGGAUUGAUACUAAUACUAUACCAUCAUUUAUAGACAAUCUCCGGAACCUUGAAACAUUCCUGGUGAAAGGGAGAAGAGGGGAAAUAGCAUUACCAGAUACUCUAUGGAAUAUGGUAAGGUUGAGACAUCUGCAUGUUGAUAAUCGUGCUUCUUUUGCCUUGCUCAAGGACAGAAAAGAAUUCUAUGAGUACUCCUACCAGCUAGAGAACUUAAAAACAUUUUCUUCACCGAUUCUUGCUUUUGAAGAAGACUCAAGAAAGAUAAUGAGAAGAUUACCCAAUCUUCAAAAGUUGAGAUGCUGGUUUGUGGAGUCAUGGGAGAGUUAUCCCAAUAGGUUUAAGGGGAAAUGCAACCGGUUUCCUGCCUUGGACUUUCUUGCUCAGCUUGAAUCACUGAAAGUGUUUUACUGUGGUCAUCAGGUGCUACAUCCUUGUGAGUUCAACUUCCCAUCAAAUCUCAAGAAACUGACACUCUCAAAUUUUCGGUUACCAUGGAUUGAAAUUUCAAAACUUGCAAUGUCACUGCCUAACCUUGAAGUCCUGGAUUUGAAGUUCAGAGCCUGCAAUGAUAAAUUGUGGGAAGUAGGAUAUGGGGAGUUCCCUAAGCUCAAGAUUUUGAAAUUAGACAGGCUCAACAUUGAAAAGUGGAAGGCACCAGAGGAUGCAUUCCCCAGAUUACAGCAUCUGGUUCUGCAAAAAUGUAAGCACCUUGAAGAGAUCCCUGAAAGUAUGGACACUCUACAGACCAUUGAUGUGCAGUGGUGCACCCAUUCUGCUGUGAAAUCUGCCAUAAAAAUUUGGAAAGAUCAACGUGAGCUAGGUAACGAUGGAUUCAAGGUUUCUAUCCAGCCUUUGGAUUGUGAUCCCAGAGCAUCUCCUUUAGGAUUCCUGAACAUGCAGUUCAACUCUGAGUAACACUUCAGAUCAAGGAAACACCAUUCUGGCAAAUAAAGUAUAGAGGUUCAGCAUUGGCACUGUCUUUGCCAUUUCAAUUAACUUAAAACAAGAAGCUAUGAACAUCAACACACUUAAAGCUUGGAAUUAGUCUUGGAGCAUUUUACUUGCCAGUCAAUCAGUAAGUUCUGCCAUCCUCUGUAUUCUAUUAUCCCUACUAUGUAUAUGGUGAUUUGCCAGCAACAUCUUUGAAACCAUUUGUGGGUCAUGUUCUCUGUUUUGAAUAAUAGUGGAGGAAGAGUGACAAAGAGCCAAAACAAAUGAACAUCAGGGCAAAACCCCACACCUUGGCCUGACAGGAAAGUAGAGGGUAAAUCAUGGUGGCUCAGUGCUGAUGCCCACAAGGACCUCACCAUAUUGGUAGUAAUACUCAUACUGCGAUUGCUAGAGUUCGAUCUUGUGUUCUUGCCCAUGAUCUACCACUCAGGAACCAACUAAGAUGUCCGUGCGGGCAUUGAACAUCCUUGAUUUUGGAGCCACCUUAAUACGAGAGCACAAUUGGAUGACCAAAGUAUUGAUUUUUGGAGUUUUGGGAUGGACCAUGGCGUGACCCGCGACCGAUGAGAGCACCGAAGCAUUACUGAAGACCUUGGAGGCCUCCCCGGCUAGCCACGGGCGUGGCCACACCCGUGACUAGCAAACAGUGUGCACUGUCUUGUGGGUACGGGUCUGGCCACACCCUUGCCUGCACCUGUGCCCACAUUACAAUAACACUCUAUGUUGCUGGGCACGGGUCUAGGCAUACCCGUGCCCCAGCCUCUGCAACAUGUUAAAAGGCAUUUUUCCCUUGUUUUAAAAGAACUUUUUUCUACUCAAAAACUCAUUUUUUAUUUUCCCUUCCACUUCCUAGCUAGGGUUAACUUUAGAGAUUAGUGUAGAUUUCUUGUUUCUUUCCAUUUCCAAGCUCAAGAACAUUGCAAAUCUUGGAUUUCAAAGCUUCAAUAGAGAAGCUUUCUUAUUCA